AUGAAUUCUCCCAAGGAUGCCACUCCGCCAACUAGGCCGCCACACUCCAGACGACGCAAAGAAAUGGAUAUAGUCCCUAUACAGGUCGGGAGCUAUACCCGUCUAGAGGAGAUUGGCCGUGGCAGCUUCGCCACGGUUUAUCAGGGUGUUCAUAAUCGGAACCAAACCCUCGUUGCGAUAAAGUCUGUGAACAUGGCAAGGUUAAACAAGAAGCUGAAGGAUAAUUUGAAAUUAGAGAUCAACAUCCUCAAGGCUGUCCAUCACCCUCAUAUCGUGAUGCUUCUAGAUUGCCAAGAGACCGCCAACGAGAUCCAUCUUGUCAUGGAAUAUUGUGUCCUUGGUGACCUCUCGAUCUUCAUCAAGAAGCGCGAUUCCUUAGUAAGGCACCAGUUGACUCGUGAUCUGAUAUUAAGAUAUCCAAACCCUCAAAGUGGCGGUCUAAAUGAAGUUAUUGUGCGCCAUUUCCUGAAACAGCUUGCGAGUGCCCUCCAUUUCCUCAGGUCUAGAGAUUUGGUCCAUCGCGACGUUAAACCUCAAAAUCUUUUGCUUAAUCCCUCUCCCCGGUCUAUCGCCAGGGGAGACUACCGGAUUCCUCCUUACAAGGGAAAUGAAGAUCUAUUCACACCACUUGCAGGCCUGGAUUCCAUGCCCUUGCUCAAACUGGCGGAUUUCGGAUUUGCUCGCUCACUCCCUUCAACUUCUCUUGCCGAUACUCUCUGCGGUUCACCUCUCUAUAUGGCUCCUGAAAUCCUACGGUAUGAGAAAUACGAUGCUAAAGCCGACUUAUGGUCUGUGGGCACUGUUUUGUAUGAAAUGGUGGUUGGGAAGCCGUAUUUCAGAGCCACAAACCACGUGGAAUUGCUUCAAAAGAUCGAGAAAACCAAUGAUCGAAUCAAAUUUCCAGAACAAUGCGAGGCGUCAGAAGCUAUGAAGAAGACGAUACGACACUUGCUCAAACGAAACCCGGUGGAAAGGAUGGGCUUUAAUGAUUUUUUUGAGUCGCAAGUCAUUAAAGGUGAUAUCCCAGGCUUGGUGAUUGAGGACCGUUAUGCUGCCGCUAGGGAAAAGUCUGUUGCCGAUGAUAUUCAAAAGGUCAGCUCGACUCGACCGGAUCAAGAUGUAAACGUUGCUCAGGAAACGGGGUACUCGUCCUCCCCGUCAGGACGACGUUUUUCAGGCCAAACAGCAGAAAGUCCACACCCCGCCACCCCUCGCCCAGUAUCAGGGAGUUCUCCACGUCCAACCAGCGCUGUACGCCGUAUAGGAAGCCGCGAUAAGCCUGAUUUACAGCGGGCAGCCGUGACAGGACGUCAACAAAGCCUAAAUUCUCAGCCCUCCUCCCCUGGACGUCCUGAGUCUGGUGAUCAAAUUGUUGCUGCACAUGCCAUGGAACGGCAACAAAGUCGGAAUACAUCGUCCCCCGGAUCAUCGUUAUUUAAGGAAAACGUCGCGGAACGUGGAACCCUUCCACAACCAGCAACUGACGACAGGGAUGUCGAACGGGAACGGGAACGUGCUGCUCAGGAAGUGGCUUUCGAACGCGACUAUAUAAUCGUAGAAAAGAGGGCCGUGGAAGUGAAUGCGUUUGCUGAUGAGCUGGCCGCAAGUCCACGUAUACGGCAACAGGGCCAAGGGUUGGCGCGUCCGGCCACGGGAGUCAUGCCGCGGCGUGCUACCACCGCUGCUCACUCACCGAAUCCCUCGCAAAAUGCCUCUUCCCGCGCCUUGCAAUUGGUUACUGGGAGGCCGCGAGCAGACUCCAAUCACAAUCGUCAGAGUUCGUACGAACGGAGAUAUGGCCCAAGUCCUAAUUCCGCAACCUCCGCAAUCUCCAAAGCAUUGAAUAUGGCCAGCGGGCGGUUAUUUGGUGUUGGAUUUUCUCCCCCGUUGACCGUAACGAAAGGCGGAAGAUCCCCACCACUAGCAUACAACCCUUUCCCCGUGUAUCCACUUAGCCCCCAAGGUAACCUAGUCGUUGUCGGAGACGGAGCCAAGACACAAGUCGCUCUCGACGAGGAUACGAAAACUGUCCAGAUUAUCGAAGAAUGUGCGACACGGAGCGACGUUGUUUAUGGAUUUGCGGAAGUCAAAUACAAACAGUUGAUACCCCUGGCUCCGUCCAUGCAGCCUGAAACAGCUAUUCACCCCGGUACCGUUUCUCCAGAUAUGGAAGUUGAUCCUUCCCAGUCAACCGACGGUGGACUCACUACCGACGCCAUUGUGACCCUUUCCGAGGAGGCCCUGGUUCUUUACGUGAAAGCCCUCUCCCUGCUUGCAAAAUCGAUGGAUAUUGCCGGUGCAUGGUGGGCGCGAAAGAACACGGGGGAAGUUGUUGGCAUUAGCGGUGGUUCAUCUUCGAGUUCGGGGAACAACAAUAACGGCAGUGGUAAUACAAACCCCACCGUUGGUGCCAGGGUGAAUAACGUCGUGCAGUGGGUCCGAAACCGCUUCAAUGAGGUUCUGGAGAAGGCAGAGUUUGUGAGGCUAAAGCUUUUGGAGGCCCAGAAGCGGCUUCCUACCGAUCAUCCCUCGCAUCCAAGUAACAACGGUAACCAUUCGUAUGGAUCCGAUGCGGGGCUGGGACUGGGGACAUCUGUUGAUCAGAUCGUCGUGAGCUCCGGGAUUACUGCGGAGAAGCUUAUGUAUGACCGCGCGCUCGAGAUGAGUCGAACUGCUGCCAUUAAUGAGCUGACGGGGGAGGAUUUGCCUGGGUGUGAAAUUGCGUAUGUCACUGCUAUCAGGAUGCUGGAGGCUGUUUUGGAAAAUGAUGAGGAAGUGCUGUCGAAGGGACCUGGUCAGGGUGAGAAAGCCGGUAUGGCAAGCGGGGGCAUUGAUAAUGACGUUAUCAAUGGGGUGCAAUUGGAAGAUCGGCAGAUUGUGGCUAAACUCGUCGCCAGCAUCCGCACUCGUCUCACAGACUUACGAAAGAAAAUGGCCCUGAUGACCAAAAGAUCCUCCGCCCCGCCAGUUGUUCAAAGCAAAGUCACCGGCAUAUCGUCGCAUCUUCGCAGACCUACUUCGCCCGUUGUCACCGCCUCCGCUUCACCACGGUGA